CACCGUCCUGAAUAGAUAUCUCCUAGGACACCCAUUUUCUCUCUCUCUCUCUUAUUCUUUCCCCCUCUUUCAUGUUGUUUUGGUUCCGGCGCGGUAGGCUCUUGUAGAGGAGGCGGCCAUUUCAGAUAAUUCCUACAAGAUCAUCAUCCGGGAUUUUGUUUUCCUUUCUCCAUCGGCGCCAUCCAUUGAGAGCUCCAAAGGGUGGUUUGAUCUCAGCAGCUUCAGAGGAGGAUAGGGAGGAACUGUUGCUUCCCAUUGAAGAAAAGUUUCACACUCGUAUCAUCGUCGAUUGAUGAUGACUUCGACUGAUAUGGCAGAGGAGGGAAGGGCUUGGGCAGCCAACUUGAAAUCGCUGCAACUGAGGAUGAGGAACCGUUUCCGUGUUGUGGUCGAUCGCCAGAGGCAUCGGCGGUGGCUUGUCGAUCACCGCCAUGAUCAUGAUUAUUCCUCAUAUUCCACCAUCCUCAGGAGAUGGGUGUCGCGGAUUCCCGUUCUUUUUGCGAAGCCUUCUUCUCAUUUGGCAAUCCGUUGCCGUCGUCGUGUUGCUGUCAGUGAGGAAUUUAGUGAAAUGGACGAGUCAAUCAUCAUGCGCAUGCUUCGUUCAGUGGCUGUUCCUAUUAUUGGAAAUGCAUGUCAUGUCUUCAUGCAUGGGUUCAACCACAUCCGAGUAUAUGGAGCAGAGAAACUACAUCAAGCCUUAUUGCAAAGACCUAAAGGCAAACCUCUUUUAACGGUCAGCAACCAUGUUGCAUCAAUAGAUGAUCCAUUUAUUAUAGCAUCCCUGUUACCUCCAAAUGUUCUAUUCGAUGCUGAGAGUCUUAGAUGGACACUUUGUGCUACAGAUCGGUGCUUCAGCAAUCCUUUGAUGUCUGCAUUUUUCCAAUGUGUCAAAGUUCUACCUGUAUCACGUGGUGAUGGGGUCUACCAGAAGGGGAUGGACAUGGCACUUUCAAAACUUAACAGAGGUGGUUGGGUUCACAUCUUUCCAGAGGGAACUCGUUCUCGUGAUGGUGGCAUAACUUUAGGGCAGCCUAAAAGAGGAGUCGGGAGGCUGGUCAUGGAUGCAGAUGAUAUCCCUCUUGUGGUUCCCUUUAUACACUCUGGGAUGCAGGAAGUGAUGCCCAUAGGAAGCUCUUUCCCAAAGGUCGGAAAGCAGGUUACAGUUGUUAUUGGCGACCCUAUACGGUUUGAUGAUUUGCUUCUUACCGUGGAUGAUUCACAAUAUUCAAGAUCAGCACUAUACGAUGCUGCAUCACAGAGGAUUGGUGACCACCUGAGUCAAUUAAAAACUGAAGUAGACAAACUUGUGGUAGAACAGUCGAUGGAACUUGAUCCCACCAGCAAUUCACAGCGGGCCAACAUGAUACUGCAUCAGCUUGAUUGGGAAGCUUUUGGGAUGGAGAACCACUUCCCAGCCGAGGAAUGCCUAGAACCUCAAUCGGAAUCUCCCCUGCUCAGUCAGUCGUAUGACCUAGUAUCCACCAGCUAUUCUGUGAAAAUGAAUCUUCCAAGUGGAGGUGGUCUUGUGUCUAGGGUUCGUGGUUUUAUGGAUCCAACGGAGCUAAUGGGCUUUGCUGUUAAAGGUUUGCUGGACACAAGGAAACAAAGACAGUCAAACUUUGAAGAUGUUGGGCCUGUCAAAGUGUGGAAACUGUACUUGGAAGAAAACAUUUUUGGAAGAUGGUAUUGCAUGUAGCAUGCAACGCUUGCUUCGACCUUAGCUCGUUUCGGGUUGGGCUAACUCUUGUAUUAUAGCAAUUUUGUGUCAGUUGUGAAAUGUCAAGCUAUAAAUGAAGCUCGUUGUAUCUUCUGUAAAAUGCCGGAGCAACGGCAUAUUGGCCGCCUAUUUUUCACUUUUCUUCGAACCAACUUCUCUGUGCUAAAGGACCAUGUCCAGUUCCGAUUUGCAGCGAGUCAGAUUCCAGCUUCGAGCAUCAUUUUUUCGAUCAAGAGUUUGUGCUAGAGGACGGUGCCUGCUGGAAGUAUGUUUUAUGCCAAUUAAUUCAAAGGCACCGUUUCUAUGAGUGCAGGUAUUUAAGGGUGUAAAGCACGGUACGCUAUGUUUUAUGGCAAUUAAUUCAAAGGCA